AGAAGAAGAAGAUGGAACUAGAAUUGUACGUGCGCGGUGAUGGCGGUCGCUGCCGGAGCAGUCAACAGAGCCGACAGGGGACUGUAGGGGACUGCAACUUCUGCAACCUUUGGGAAUCUCACUCUCAGGCCUCUCCAGUGUCCACCAAGCUCCAAGCCAGCUAUAAGACGCUCCUUAGACACAGGAUGUUGAUAAGCAGUCCAUUGUUCAUGCAACUCUGCUGAUGGGCUUCCAAGUGACCUGUACACUUCUUUGGCACGGUGUGCUUUGAAACUUUUGUUAAUGCAAGACGGAAAGCAUCAUGAAGAUGAUCAAGGCCCUUCCUUUUCUCUGCCACGGACAUCUUGCCCAUUAGCAAAUCAGUCUUUGCUGUCCCAUUCACAAUGCAGGACUCCAGGUCCACUACAUUGUGCACAGAAACAGCUGUGUCAGCAAUGUUACGAAUAUGCGCUCAUAAAAUUAAAAUUGCUGCCUUGUUAUGUGGGACAGAAGUAAGAUAAGAUAUACAUUAUGCAUACAACAAAACUUCGUGGAUCAGACGGAGGGUUAGCCUGCGCCACUGCAACUGAGUGCCACUGAGGGGUCACCUGACCAGCAUGUCUUUAGUGGUAGGGGAAACCGCAUCGCCUGGACGAAACCUACGCAGACAUGGGGAGAACACCAGACCCUCCGACCACUGCCAGCAGGCAAUGUGACUGAAGUGCCCAAGGACACAACGACUGAGACGGUCAGAGUGAGGGAUUGAACAGGCAACCUGUCAAUUACAGGACAACCUCCCUAACUCCUGUGCCACCGUUUGAGGGGAUGCGGUCUGGCACUCUGGAUAAUUUAUCUAAUAAAUAGAUCCAUAAAGGUUUAGAUAAAAUGUAUUAUUAAUAUUAAUAAAUACCCCGUGAACACGCACAAGUGUAUAACAAUUUACUACACCCCUCUUGUAGAACGGUAGGGGAAACACUGCGCUGCAAUUAUUACAAAGCGCAUGUUGUCCCUAGUUAAAGUACAAGGUAUAACUUGUGCUAACGUAUUCAGUUGAGUAUAUUAUGUCUCUUGCAACACAUUGAUGAUUUUUUUAAUCCACCCCCACUUGUAAAAGGCGUUGUUGUUCCGCGCUGCUUUCGGCUGUUGGAGGAACUGGAAGAAGGUCAAAAAGGUGGUGGAGAUGGUACAGUGAGCUGGGGCCUUGCAGAUGAUGACGACAUGAUGCUAAGUCAUUGGAAUGGCAUGAUUAUCGGCCCUGCUAAGACUGUUUAUGAAGGGAGAAUAUACAGUCUGAAAAUCAACUGUGGUCCAAGAUACCCAGAAGACCCGCCUAUGGUGCGCUUUGUGAACAAGAUCAACUUGAAUGGUGUGAACAGUUCAACUGGUGUGGUGGACCUAAAGUCUGUCUCAGCGCUGUCCCGAUGGAAGAACUCCUUCAACAUCAAGAUGGUGCUGCAGGAGCUCAGACAGCACAUGAUGAUGAAGGAGAACAGCAGGCUCUCCCAGCCGCCUGAAGGCCAAGUGUACAGCAACUGAAGCUGCUGUUAGUGUCAACCCUGUCUCCCUCUGUCUCACUGACACACACAGCACUUCCACACACUCUGAAACGGUUCAACCGUUUUCCAUGUUUUCCAAGACUGUCAGCACCCACUUCUUCCUUUGAGAGCGUUCCAUUGCACAGGGAAGAGCGCCCAGCCACCUCACUUAGUGCCCAAACGUCCAUCAUGCAGACCAGCUAAACAGGAAACAUCGUUUUGAUUUUGCUCUUUACACCCAGAUUGUGAAAUAACAAAUGACCUGAUGGAAUGUAUCGGUGUAUGUUGGGAUCAUGGGAGGCCGUUGAAGACAUUUUGCUCAUGACGAACCACAAGAUACAAGAAUAUGGAGAAAAUUAUCCCCAGCAAAGACCAGUGAUUUGGCACAUGGCCUAGGUGGGCUACAUUAGUUUCAAAUUUCCAAGCAUUCGUAUUUCUUCUUGAUGUAAACUUAUGAGGACCUUUGUUGAACUAAUGCAUAUCUAAUACAAAGACAUGGAUAUUUUGUACAUGCUAUGAUUCUGUGAGCAGGGUAUUGCUGCUGUAUUGAAUUUUUUUUGCUAGACUUCUGUGCCAUAUGGUUCAUAGUGCUUUGUGCUAAUUAUUAGCAGCUACUGAGAGAUGGGGUUGGGGGACCUUUCUGUAGGCUAAAACAUUUCUUUUUUUUUUGUGGUCUGCACUUUUUCAGGAUCACCACUGGACUGUGGUCUUUGGGGAACAUAAGGUGCUGGGAGUUUUGUUUGUUUUUGUUUCGUUUGUCACUGGGCCAACUUUUGUAUUCCACGGAUCUAUCUCGUCAUUCAGUGAAUACUCACUGAAGACGGUGUAUGACUUUGGAUGUUUAUUUUGUAAUGGGGUAGAGUCUAAUCAGGGUGAUGGUCACCUGUUGCAUGGUUUUAUUUGAAUUAAACAUUACUUUUGCA